AUGCCAACUCCAUCAAGUCAGGUCUCUGCACCAAUGCCGACCAUCACGGCACCCUGUACCCUAGACACAUGUCCCCUUGACUGGGCACUGGUUCGCUACAUGCCCAGUCUUCCAGGAACUGCUCUAUACCUGGUUCUCUUCCUCAUCAUGCUCCUUGUCCAAAUCUACCAGGGAUUCCGCUCCCGCACCUGGUCCUACCUCGCUUGCAUGACCUGCGGGCUCCUUCUCGAAGUCGUCGGCUACGGAGGACGUCUCAUGCUUCACGCAAAUCCAUUCAACUUCUCUGGUUUUCUCCAGUACCUCAUCUGUCUCACCAUCGGACCUGCCUUCAUCACCGCAGCCAUCUACCUGUGUUUUCGCCGCGUGAUUAUCAUCUACGGUGAGAGCUUCUCGAGGAUCAAAUCCAGAACAUACGCCAUCGUCUUUGUCACCUGCGACCUUCUAUGUCUCAUUCUCCAGGCCGCAGGCGGGGCCGUUACUGCAACCGCAGGACGGGAGCAGGAUGGCCUCCGUCACACCGGGAUCAACAUCAUGAUCACGGGUUUGGCGGCGCAGGUUGCAUCGCUGGGGGCAUUCAUGGCGCUUGCUAUCGAUUAUCUAUGGAGAUUGCGCCGACAGCGACAGUCCCAAUCCUGCAUGGCAUCGUCGGGUGUCAGCUGGAAAUGGAGAGGGUUCCUCUGGGUAACUCUAGGAUUGGGCAUCGCAACGUUCCUCAUCUUCAUCCGAUCGAUCUUUCGUACGGCGGAAUUGAACGGCGGGUUCAGCAGUGACCUGGCCAAUGAUGAGAUCGCGUUCAUGAUCCUCGAGGGGGCGAGCAUGAUCGUCACCUGCCGUCGCUGCGAUGGCCCUUCUCUUACCCAGACCAGCCCAGUCACAGUCUCAUUCGCUCAGACAUGGACGUUGACACCAACGGUCAGACUGCGACAACUCCCCAAGUUAUGGGACGAAAGCGAACAAGACACUCGGUAUGUGCAAUACUUCAUCGAGUGUCUCUCACGGGACACGCCCAGCUGUGGCGGCGAGUACUCGCACUGGCGACCUCUCAUGAUCCAAGCCAUGCACCAGGAGGUUGCCGUCCGUCGAGGUGUUGUCGCUCUGAGCGCGCUUAUGCAGGAACGACUGGCGCAUGGUUCGUUGGGAAUACAUGGCUUCGAUGCGCCGCCCCGGAGCGGACGGUAUCUUUUCGGGCUGAAGAAGUAUGGCAGGGCGUUGACGUCCUUGCAGAAACUAGUCAAAGAUAUGGGAAGUGACAGAUAUCUCAUCCAAGUGGCCUUGCUCUGUGGGAUUAUCUGUAUAUGGUUUGAGAUUCUCAUGCGGGAUUAUCUUGCCGGGUUGAGUCACCUGGAGAUGUGUUUGAAGAUUGUUCGCAACGCAGGCCCUUUUGGGAAUGUCGACUCCGAGAUCCAAAGAGCAUAUGUGCGAAUGGACAUACAAGCAUCGUUGUACGUGGGAAUCCGCGCCCCCGUCACGGUCCCCGAAGAAAUGUCCCCGAUCCCCUACGUCUUCGACUCGUUCAACCAAGCUGAAUCAUGCCUGAUGGAGGAGUACGCCCGAGUGGUCCACUUUUUCCGUAAUGUUGCCAGCUUCUACCGCCACCACCAACCAGGUUGCGUUCCGCUGGAGUUCAUUGCAUACACACACACCCUACAAGCACGUCUUGAGCUCUGGAAGUCAGCAUUCGGGUACUCCUAUUCCUGUCAGAAGGCGCAAGGGAGUCCGCAGACUUCUGCGCGGGCUUCUCUUCUGCUCAUCCAGUAUUACAUCGCGCUGGUCACCGCAUCUACCUCUGUCUAUGCCGAGCAGACGCUGUAUGAUCGGUUCCUGUAUGCGUUCAAGCGGAUUCUUCUCCUGGCGAAAUCAUCAAACGCCUUCCAAGUGAGUGCUGCUGCAACUUCACUUGUCGGCGUUCCAAUGGAGAUGGGCGUCAUUUACCCGCUGUACUUUGUCGCAACCAAAUGCCGCGACUCGAUAGUCCGGCAAGAGGCCAUCGACUUGUUAUCCUCGGCGCCGUAUCCAGAUGUGGUCUGGGAGGCGCCUAUCCUGGCGUUGGUGUCACAAAGGGCAAAGGAAAUCGAGGAGAUUGGACUGGAUGGAGAUCAGCCGAUCCCCGAGUUCAAGAGGAUUCAUAGCCUUGGGCUGGAUAUUGAUCCCGAAUCUCGCCAGGUGCGAGUGGAAUUCCGUAGACGGUCCAACGGAAUGGACGGGGAGUGGGAUGAAUGGAGGGAAUCGCUUAGCUGGUAG